AUGACGGAUAUCGCUAAUCUACAGCAACAGGACAGCAGCAGCUAUAGUGGCGGCGACGGUGACGGUGAUCUGGCCAGUGGCACCAUGAGUGGAUUCGACCAAAAUCAGGGCCCGGUUGCGGGUGAUGAAGGCAACGCAUCACUGUUUAUACGCCUACGCGGGCUGCCGUGGAGCAUCACGGAGGAAGAGAUACGCAACUUUCUGCACGGCGUCAACAUACUGCAGGUUCAUAUUGGCGUAAACCCGAUGACCAAGCGACAAACCGGCGAAGCGUACAUUCGUGUCGCGUCCGUUUCCGAUCGUCACAAAGCGUUCUCUCGGAACAAGCAAACGAUCGGUCACCGGUACAUUGAAUUCUUCAAUGCCACCGAGGAGCAGUACGAAAUGUCGCUCCAGGAGCUGGAUGACGACGAGGAGGGUGGUCCGGUGGUGAAGCUGCGCGGUCUACCCUGGACCAGCACCAAGGACGACGUGAAAGCCUUUUUCCAGGGCUUGACGAUUAAGAAUGGCUAUAAUGGGAUACUUUUGCUACUGGACAACCUGGGACGGGCAUCUGGGGAGGCGAUUGUAGAGUUUACAACCGAGGCCGAAGCUGAAGCGGCCAUGGGAAAGCACAAAGAGAAGAUUGGGAACAGAUACAUCGAGCUUUUCCGCAGCAGCACUCGUGAAAUGAAGCGCGCGGAAAAGCGCCUGCGACGCAUGACACCAUAUGGGCGAAACGAUCGCAACUCGGGUGGAGGCUAUUCACAGAUGUCCGAUUCUGUUUAUGGUCAAGAUUAUUCUGACAAUACAAUGGGAUCGGGAGGAAACAUGAGUGGCGGCUGGAAUGAUCGUUCCAACGGCGGUUAUGGCAACGGCGGCAGUGGAUACAAUCCCAGUUCGAACAACAUGGGUCAAAUGUACUCCCCGGGAAACAAUGGCAACUCGGGUUCGGGUCUUUCCAACAAUUUGGGUAACAUCGACAUCUUGCGCCUGUUACAGGAUCAGCUAAUAGAUCGAGGUGGUGGCACCAACUACGGCUCGGGACGUAGCGGAAGUCCUUCCGGUGGUGGUAUGAACAGCGGUGGUGGUGUUAGCGUAGGUGCGAACAGCUACAGCACUAGCGCCGGCUAUGGUUCCGGAUCGGGUGGUAAUUCCGGCGGUGGCGAUAUGCAAUCCAUGAUGGGCAUGGACCGUGGAGGAGGCAGCAGUGGCAGCUAUCGUACCGCGGGACCGAUGUCCAACAGCUACGGUGGUGGCUACUCGUCGGGUAUGGGAAGCGGCAAUAGUUCCAACAUGGGUUCUUACAACAACAGCAGCUACGGGUACGGUUCCGGCGGUGGUGGUGGCAACUACGGUUCGAUGAACAAUUACGCCAACAAUGACUUUGCGGGUGACGAACCGAACCUGUACUGUGUGCAUAUGCGCGGCAUGCCGUUUAGCUGCGACGAGCAGGACAUGCACGAUUUCUUCAUGCCGCUACGGCCGGUGAAAUGCGUCGCGCAGCUGAACAGCCGCAAACGCCCGUCCGGCGAAGGUGAUGCCUACUUCGAAACGAAGGAGGAAGCCAUCAAAGCGAUGCGAAAGGAUAAGGAAAAGAUGGGCUCCCGGUACAUCGAGUUAUUUGCCGGCCAGCGUCACUUCGGCACCGGUACCGGUAGCGUCGGCGGUGGCAGCCUUGGCGGCAUGGGAGGCAACCAAUUCCCGAAGAAGUACUUUAACUGA